CGAGAGAGCCAGCGGCGCGGUCGAGGGUCGGCGUCCUGCCCGUCAAGCGGCUUCUGGAAGCGGCAGACUUGACGCUCCCCUCGGCCCAGCAGCGUCGCGCCCGCGCUCGACGGCGCGUCGAGGCGCACCGAGCGCGGGCCAGCCUGUGCAGGGACCUGGGGGCCUACUUCCUGGAGGUCAACAGGGUGACGCGCAGCUCGGCGACGCUGUGCGAUCGAUACUUCUCCGACUUCCGCAAGUGGGCCACUCAGGCAGGGAUGCCGCUGUCGACGCCAGUCGAGAUCGACCUUGCGCUCGUGGAUCACCUCGAGGAUCUGUACUUCAGCUGGUUCAACCACGACGCGGGCGAGAAGGUAGUGGCGAGCCUGGAGUUUCGCAUUCCCGAGCUGAAGGUGCCUGGCAGCACGCUGCUGCCCAGGGCAAAGAACGCUCCACGGGGCUUUCGCCGCCUGGCGCCAGGCCUGAGCCGCGCACCAUUUCCUGGGCUGGCGCUCUGUGCGAUGGCAGGCUCGGCGAUGGCCCUCGGCUGGCAGGAGAUGGCGUACUGUUUGGUGCUGAUGUUCAGGACCUACCUGCGCCCCACAGAGUGCUUGACGCUGGCUGUGGGCCAGCUGGUCCCGCCGCACUUGGGCACGGGGACCACCUCGUGGGCGCUGCUGCUGGCUCCCAUCCGAGCUCUCGGUGGCUUCGAAGACCCGCGAGACUUCUUUCGCCUGGCCAAACGGUCACCAGCGACGCAGCGCCUGUGGCCCUUCGGCUCGCCAACCUUCUCCAAGGAUUUCAACCGGCUCGCGGAGCUUGCCGACCUGUCGAACCCGAGGCCCCACCCCUACAUGCUCGGGCACGGGGGGGCCUCAGACGACGCCCUUCGGCACGAGGGGACCUUGGAGGAGGUGAAGAGGAGGGGCAGAUGGCGUGCAGACUCGUCGGUGCGCCGCCACGAGAAGCAUGCCUUGGUGCUCAAGCAGGCGGACAACAUGACGCCCGUCGCCCGCGAGUGCGGCUGGCUGGUGGCCGACCACCUGCUGGAUAUUCUGGUAGGGCGCCGCGCCGCGCCCCAGCCGCCCAACGUGAGAGCUCUGCAGCUGAAGCAGGCAGGCGGCAGGCGGCGCGGCAAGCCCUGA